AUUUUCUAUUGGACACUAAUGGAUUUACCUUGUUUUUCUUCUUUACCUUAUAUAAAACAAAAAAAUAUUUAGCGUGAAUAAACGAAGAAGGAAACGAACAAGUGUAUAGAUACAGGAAAAGGGAAUGAGGGGGAUGAUUGCGGAAUAAAGCGACGGCGCCUGCUAAAAUAGAGGAUGAUGACCUCCCUUACAUCAUGCAGUGCAUCUGCUAAAUAGAUGAUACGUCGGUUGCCACGAGUCUAGUUGUCCUCAGCCUCCCGAUAGAGACGAAUCGGGAGAUUAGGAUUUGUAUUUUCCUUGUUCUUCAGUAGAGUCUACUAUUCCACCCCUGUCGGAUAGAGAGACGUUUCUCGAUGAGGCGGCAGACCCUACAGCUGGUCACGGGGCUUUUCCUGAUCCACCUGCUGCUGCUGAAUCAAGCAAAUGCUGUGAAAAAUCGGCCGAGAAAACAACGGUCCAGGUCAGAGAGACCGCAGGCGCAGCAGCCUGACGAUUAUAAUUACGAUUAUUAUGAGAAUUACGACGACUACGAAGAAAAAAAUGAGACGACCACGACAACAUUGCCACUUCCUGUGGUACCAUCAUCAAGCACACGAAUUUCAGGAUAUCAUGAAUCAUCGAUAGAAAGUACGGCAACUUCGUAUAAACCGGAAAGACCUACGGAUUUACCAGCUCCAACGACAACUCUAUUUUACGGUCGUGAUUUAGAGCAGACUAAUGCAACAUCCGAAGAUCAUUCAGUUUCGUCCACAGAAAUUUUACCAGGUGAAAGUAAUAUAUACAAUUCUGUCGCUGGUCCACGAGGUGAACCUGGUAGACCUGGAGAUAUUGGUCGACCAGGUGAUGCAGGAUAUCCUGGACAACCCGGAAAUCCCGGAAUUCCAGGACCACCUGGACCUCCAGGACCUGUGCCUGAUGUAUCUUUAUAUUAUCAACAACUGGCUUUGUCUCAAGCAAAUCAAGAUAAAGGCCCAACAGGUGCAGCUGCACCAUUAUAUGGACCAGAAGCAUAUUCUUAUAUUCAAGCACAAGUAGGUCCAAUAGGUCCGCGAGGUCCUCCAGGUCCAACUGGUGCUCCAGGUCCUCAAGGUUUUCAAGGUACACGUGGUGAACCUGGUGAACCGGGAUCUCCAGGUUCUCCAGGUUCGCCAGGACCUCGAGGCUUACCGGGAUUACCUGGAAAAGACGGUAUCAGUGGAGAAGAUGGCGAGACCGGUCCGCCAGGAUCAGCUGGUCCCGUGGGAUCACGUGGACUUCCAGGAAUGCCUGGACUUCCGGGAAUAAAAGGUCAUCGUGGUUUCCCGGGUCUGGACGGAGCAAAAGGUGAGCAAGGAGUUUCUGGUGAAAAAGGAUCUAUGGGCGCAUCAGGACCAAUGGGGCUGAUAGGUCCAAUGGGUCCAGCGGGGCCACGUGGUGAGAGAGGUAGAGAGGGUUCAUCAGGCCCUCCUGGAUUAAGAGGCCCUGAUGGAAUUAUUGGACCACCCGGGCAACCUGGUGCUGUAGGAAAACCAGGUGCACCAGGUUUUCCAGGCAAUCCUGGGUCUAAGGGUGAUCAAGGAUCACAAGGACCGAAAGGAAGUCAGGGUUUACAAGGCCCGCGAGGUGAAAGUGGCCGUCCAGGACAACCUGGAGAGACAGGUCCGCAAGGUAUUCAAGGCAAAGAUGGAAGUCCCGGCGAGAAAGGAGCUACUGGUGCAAUAGGACCAGUUGGUUUACCUGGAUUUCCCGGUGCUCGAGGUCAACCUGGAGCAGCGGGUAAUCCUGGUAUUUCUGGAGCCAAAGGAGCACCUGGCCUUCCUGGUGAAAGAGGGUUUAAAGGCGACUCCGGCGUGAAAGGUGACCCUGGAAUAUCCGGUCCACGUGGAGUUCCCGGACCUCCUGGGAAUGAAGGCAAGAGGGGCAAAAGAGGUGUGCGUGGACCGAUCGGUGUCGCGGGAUCUCCUGGAGAACGCGGUACACCUGGAAUGCGUGGUCUUCCUGGGCCAGAUGGUCCGGCUGGACCUCAAGGACAUCCCGGUGACCGUGGUCCAGCGGGAGCUGUUGGGUCGAAAGGAGCUACUGGGGAUCCUGGACGACCUGGACCGCCAGGAUUACAAGGUUUACGUGGUUUGAUGGGUAAAUCAGGAGCUCCUGGAAAACCAGGCAAUCCUGGCGAACGUGGAAUUCAAGGUGCAGAUGGCAAGCCUGGAGAACAGGGUCCACCUGGACCUCAAGGUCUACCAGGACUAUUAGGGACGCCAGGAGAGAGAGGAUAUCCCGGAGAACCUGGAAAAGAUGGUGAGCCUGGCAAUCCGGGUUUGCCCGGUCCGAGAGGAGAUACUGGUAAAGAAGGAUCUCCGGGAGUACAGGGUCCACCAGGUUCACCGGGAAACGACGGUGCGCGAGGUCCUCCGGGAUCAGUUGGACUUAGAGGUUUUCAAGGUCUUCCAGGCGCCACUGGUAAUCCAGGUAUUCCAGGCAAGGAUGGAGAAGCGGGGUUACAAGGACCUCUCGGUCCGCCAGGACCAGUCGGCAGCAGAGGCGAGCGAGGAAUUCCGGGAGAAAGAGGACUUACGGGAUCUCCAGGACCUAUAGGUCCGAGAGGAGAAACUGGAACGCAAGGCCCUGAUGGUCUUACUGGCUUACCAGGACCUAAGGGAGAAAAAGGCAAUUCCGGUACACCGGGAUUGUUAGGACUUCCUGGCGCGAGAGGAUUACCUGGAGAACCUGGACAGACAGGAGAGAGAGGAGCAGUCGGACCAAUUGGUCCUGAAGGUCCACCAGGACAUAUUGGAGAACGUGGUUUACAGGGAGAAGUAGGACCUCAUGGCCCUCCUGGAGAACCAGCGGAACGAGGUGAUCCGGGAGCACCUGGUCUUCCAGGCGAACAUGGAGCACCUGGUAAUCCAGGGGACAGAGGUCUUCAAGGAUUGCAAGGUUCGCCGGGUUUCCCAGGUCCACAAGGAUUAAUCGGACUUCCUGGUCUAAAGGGUGAUCGUGGAUAUACAGGUUUAAAGGGAGAGCAAGGAAAUCCUGGACUAUCUGGCAGUCCUGGCGAAGCUGGACCACCUGGACCUAUUGGAUUUACCGGAGCUAAGGGAAUUAGAGGUGACCCGGGUGCACGAGGUGAAUCUGGCUUGAUGGGACCACCUGGUAUCGCGGGACAAGUUGGUCCAGCCGGCCCACCGGGGAAUACAGGAUCACCUGGUCCUCCAGGAUUGCCUGGUGCCAAAGGCAAUGCUGGCGAUUCAGGACGUCCUGGAAAUCCAGGUCCGAUUGGUAAUUCUGGUCUACCAGGAAUAGAUGGAAAUAAAGGUGAAAGUGGAUCCCAAGGUCCUCAAGGGCCGACCGGUCCUCAAGGACCUCAAGGUUUACCCGGCGAAAGAGGUUUGCCAGGUUUACCCGGCUCUCCUGGUUCUGUAGGGAGUAGAGGAUUACGCGGGGCACCUGGUGAAACAGGACAAUCUGGAAAACCAGGUGCAGCAGGUCCAUCUGGACCUCCUGGAUUAUUAGGUCCUCCUGGUUUGCCUGGUCUCGUGGGAGAGGCAGGACCAGAAGGACCAACUGGAAAACCAGGGCUACCAGGAAUAGCAGGUCGACCUGGUGAUAAGGGACCACCUGGAGUACCUGGUGCAGCAGGCCCCUCUGGUUCACCUGGAUUACCAGGGCCACCUGGAUCUACAGGACCUGCCGGAUUCGCUGGGGAACCUGGUCCGAAAGGCGAAGCAGGACCACAAGGAGUAGAAGGUCCACAGGGUCCACGAGGAAAACCCGGUCCGUCAGGCAUCGAAGGCGCAAAAGGUGAUCGUGGCGAAGAGGGACCGAAAGGGUUGAAAGGACAUCGCGGAUUCAAUGGUUUGCAAGGAUUGCCAGGAGCUUCUGGUUUGCCAGGGGAAAAGGGUAUGCCUGGUCUACCAGGACUUCCUGGUAAAGAUGGGGAGUCAGGUAUUAGAGGUACUCCUGGGCGGGAAGGCAACCCAGGACCUAUAGGACCUGCGGGAAAUCCUGGACCACAAGGUCCACCUGGAGAAGAAGGUCGCCAUGGCUCGCCUGGUCUUCCAGGACCUCCCGGACCACCCGGUCCUCCUGGAGAAAUUGGUUUUGGUUACGAUACCGCAUCGCUAGCAGCAUAUUUACAACAAGGUCAAAUUAAAGGACCAGAUCCACUCGGUGAUGAACCACCGAGAAUAUUUAGUAAAGAUAUUACUGAAGAAGAACGAAGAGAAUUGCUUAUGAAAGCAUAUGAAAAACUAAAGUCAUCGUUUCAAAAAUUGGUGAAGCCAGAUGGUGAAAAGAAUUCACCGGUCAAAACCUGUCGAGAUCUAUUCGUUGCGUAUCCAGAUAAAUUAUCUGGCGAAUAUUGGAUUGAUCCAAACGAAGGAGAUGUGCGAGACGCAAUCUUAGUGCAUUGUGAUGCUGAGAAACGUGCUACUUGCAUUUUACCGAAUCCCGUCCGUUCACCAGAGAUCACUCACAUCACUGAUCAACAAGAGACCUGGCUGAGCGAAAUAGACGAUGGCAUGAAGAUUACAUACAAGGCGGAUAAUAAUCAGAUCAAUUUCUUGCAAUUGCUCUCGAAACAUGCGCAACAGAAUAUCACAUAUCAUUGUAAAAACAGCGUCGCUUAUUUCGAUUACGAGCGGAAAACGUACAGAAAAAGCUUGAAACUUCUGGCUUGGAAUGACGUUGAAUUGACAUCACGUGGCAAUCAGCGUCUUAGGUAUGAGAUGAUAACAGACGAAUGCAGGCUUCAUCAAAAUCAUUGGGGUAAGACUGUGGUCUUAUAUGAGACGGACAAACCCGUAAGACUUCCUAUCUUAGACGUGGCUUUGCGAGAUAUCGGAAAACCCGAACAAAGUUUCUCCGUUGAAAUUGGCGCGGUUUGUUAUCAAUAAAACAAAGUAUAAUUUUGGGAUGCAAUAUUACAACUGUUAUCUUACUGGGCUUAUGAACUAUCCAUCAUUUUCUAUUAUAUAAUGUUAAGGAAAUGAUGUCUUUCAAUAUAUUGUAAAAAGAUUAGAUGACUAUAUACGUUAAAAUUUCAUUCUUUACAAUAAAAUUGCAAUAACAAUUAAACAUUAUAUUUAAUUUAAUCUGCAUAAUGACCUGCAUUGUGUAUAUCGGUAUUUUUAUUCAAGUUUUCUUAAAUAGCAGAAAUAAUUCAAAAAUACUUAACAAAAAUAUUUGUAAAAAUUAAUUAUAUUGA